AUGUUCAUGAGAUUUGCCAGCCCCAAUGAACGCCGCACAAUUAGCCGCGAAGACUUAGGGUUCUACAAUGCCCUUGUCAUCGGCGCAACCUACGAAUGCGCCGGUCAAGAUAGCGACGUCAGCUCCGCAGACUGCUUCAUUCAGCCCUUGAAACACUGCAUCUUCGAACACCCAUACCUGGGCGUGACAAUCAAAGACAAACACACCGAAAAGCCAUUCUUCGAAGCAGUGUCGAGCAUCGACCUGAAUAACCACAUCUCAAUCAUCCACAACAACCACGACGCCUGGAAGCAGAACGGCCAUGGCAAUAUCGACGCCUGGAAGCAAGACAGCCAAGACAAUGCCUCCGAGACAAAAGCCAUAGAGAGAUUCCUCCUCCCAGUCCUCGACCGUCCCUGGCCAGCCGAUAUCCCCCCCUGGCGCAUCGUCGUCCUCCCACUCGCCCCUGGAAAAAGCCCUAAAACAGCCCGUUGCUUCAUCGCCUUCUCCUUCUCCCACGCCCUGGGCGACGGCAUGUCAGGCCUCGCCUUCCACCGCUCAUUCCUGAACGCGUGGAACAAUCCACCCACCAAGGACGAGAAACCAUCUUUCAUAGUAACAUCACCAACAACAACAACAACCCUCCCACCCCCAUUCGACACCCCCUCCCGCCUCCCCAUCUCCUGGUCCUUCCUCCUCGCCCCACUCCUCGCAGCAUGCCUCCCCAAAUUCCUAAACGACCUUCUCGGCCUGCGCGCAUCAACAAGCACCCUAAACCCCGGGAGCUGGACAGGGCCGCCUAUGUUCUUCGACCCGGAAACCCGCGAAAGCAGUAGACUGCACCUGCUUGAGAUUGAGGAGCCGCUUGUCCAGAAUGCGCUGCGGGUAUCGAGAGCCCGGGGGUCGAAACUCACGGCUACAAUGCACCAGAUGAUUGUGCGUGCGCUGAGUAGGGUUAUCCCGGAUGGAGAUGGAGAGGGCAGGAUUACGGAUUUCGUUUCUGGGACCGCGAUUGAUAUGCGUGGUUCGAUUGGUGUGCCGGGGUAUACGUGGGGGUUGUAUGUUAAUGGAACCCAUGAUAUCCAUCCGCGUAUACAAUUUGAUGGAGAGGUGCAGAAGCAGUCGACAUUCUCGGAUGAGACGUGGGAAGCUGCAAGUUUGAUGACGAAGAGUCUAGCGGAGUCCGCAACCAGGCUUCAAGACCAGGCUAUUGGGUUGCUGAGGUAUGCACCGAGUAUUCGCGGGUGGACGGCGAAGAAGAUGGGCGAGCGGAGGGACUGUUCGUACCGGGUGAGCAACUUACUGGCCUUUGAUGGAGGGGCAGAGGGGAGGAGCAGGAUUAGCAAGGUUAUCUUUGCAACACCGGCGGAUGCUACGGGGUCACCGCUGGCGUUUGAUAUUGUGAGCUUGAAAGGGGGGAGUUUGGUUUGUUCUGUUGGGUGGCAGGCUGGGGCUUUGGGGGUGCCGCUUGAGGAAGAGGGUCAGCUUGUUGAGGAGAUUUGUUCGUCGAUUAGGGCUGACUUUGAGGGAUUGAGAGUGUGA